ACUUCUUCUUUUGCCAAUAAAAUCGCUUUUCAUUCCGUAUAUAUCUCCUCCAAUAACACCCAUUUUCUCCUCCAUAGUACUCCAUACUUCCAACAACGUUUUUUUCAUUCUCUCUCUCUCUCUCUCUCUCAGCUCUCAUCUAUUAUAUAAGCAAAGUAAUUAAGGAGAAGAAGAAAUUAGUAAUUAAAAAGAUGCGGAGAAAUUGCAACUUGGAACUUGGGCUCUUUCCUCCCUAUGAUUCCGGGAGCCCAAAGCAAGAAGAAAGGCAAAGCCAGCCACGCCAGAUUACAAUUUUCUAUGACGGAAAGAUUUGUGUUUCUGAUGUCACAGAGCUUCAGGCCAAAUCAAUCUUAAUGCUUGCAAAUAAAAAAGCCAAUAUUAUUAGAACACCAACAACGGGAUCAUCACCAUCAUCGGAGCCAUCUUCAUCAUCGUCACCGCCACCACUACCACCACCAUUAUUGAAUAGUAAUAAUCAACAAGUGUAUAACACUACUGCUGGCACUGGACUUUCCAUGAAAAGAUCGCUGCAAAGGUUCCUACAGAAGAGAAAGAAUCGAAUCCAAGAAGCUUCCCCUUACCACCAUCACUAGCUAGCAGCUGUUAUAACUUAAUUAGAUUAGAUCAUAGAAGGAAGCCCCAACUGAUGAUGAAUAUUGUUUCUUGUUUUGUAUGAAGCUACUACAUGUAUCAUACAUAUCAAAUAUCUCUUUGUUUUUUUGUUUUUCAAAUAGUUACAAGCUUUAAUUAACUUCUUCUUUUUUCCUUUAA